AACAACCUUAUUUUAUCACGUAGAAACUAUAUAUGACGUUUAUAAUUUCGUUGGAGUCUCGUUGGCGAGUGACUGUUGCCUGUGUGCUGUUGUCACGGUCCGUACGAGUUCGCCCGGCUAAAGCUAACCGCUUAGCUUCACUCUCUUUUAUCACUUAAAUGUCACUGUAACAUGGCGAUGCCAUUUCUUUAUUACUGAUGGUAUAAUUGCUUGGGGUUAAAUGUUCCACCUCGUUAUCUUGUAAUAGUGUGAGCGAACAAUGAGCACCGCAUCGUUUGUAUACUGCUUCAUUUCAUGCUGUUAGCGUGUGUCGGUUGGUCACUAUUGUCCAGUCAAAACUUAGAACGGUCUCAGGUUACAGUUGAACCGCGGCCCCUUUAACAGCGAUAGUGUACAGUCGUGUGUAUGAAGGAGGUGAUGUAAGUCCGUCUGGUAUGCGGCGAGAGCUCUGACAUCAGCCCAAAGUCUGUGGACUCGCACCUAAGAAGGAGUCCAGAGAGGCCAUCAGCACAUCAUUCCAGUCAGCCGUCAUGGCUGGCUUCAGACAGGAGGAUGUGGAGCUCUACUAUGAGAUGGGAGAGGAGCUGGGGAGCGGGCAGUUCGCGAUCGUGCGCAAGUGUAAAGAGAAGAGCAGCAGCGUGGAGUACGCCGCCAAGUUCAUCAAGAAGCGGCGCCUGUCCUCCAGUCGCCGAGGCGUGAGCCGCGAGGAGAUCGAGCGCGAGGUCAACAUCCUGCGAGAGAUCCAGCACAGCAACAUCAUCACGCUGCACGACAUCUUCGAGAACAAGACGGACGUGAUCCUCAUCCUGGAGCUGGUGUCCGGGGGGGAGCUCUUUGACUUCCUGGCUGAGAAAGAGUCUCUGACCGAGGAGGAGGCCACGCAGUUCCUCAAGCAGAUCCUCGACGGCGUGCACUACCUUCACUCCAAGCGCAUCGCGCACUUUGACCUGAAGCCGGAGAACAUCAUGCUGCUGGACAAGAACGUGCCCAACCCCAGGAUCAAGCUCAUCGACUUCGGAAUCGCUCACCAGAUCAAAGCAGGCAACGAGUUCAAGAACAUAUUUGGGACUCCAGAGUUCGUGGCCCCAGAAAUAGUCAACUACGAGCCCCUGGGACUGGAGGCCGACAUGUGGAGCAUCGGCGUCAUCACAUACAUUCUGUUGAGUGGUGCGUCGCCGUUCCUCGGUGAGACCAAGCAGGAGACGCUCACCAACAUCUCGGGCGUCAACUACGACUUCGACGAGGAAUACUUCAGCAACACCAGCGAGCUCGCCAAGGACUUCAUCCGCCGCCUGCUGGUCAAAGAUCCCAAGAAGAGAAUGACCAUCCAGGACAGCCUGGAGCAUCCCUGGAUCAAGGUGAUCAAGCGGCGGAACGUGCGCCAGGAGGAGAGAGACCACAAGGCAGAGCGCCGGCGCCUGAAGACCACCCGCCUGAAGGAGUACACCAUCAAGUCCCACUCCAGCAUGCCGCCCAACAACACCUACGUCAACUUCGAGCGCUUCUCCCAGGUGCUGGAAGAGAUCGCGGCGGCGGAGGAGGGCUUGAAGGACCUGGAGAGAAACCAGCGCUCCUGCCGCGAGGACGUGGCGGCGCUGCUGUCCAUCUACGAGGAGAAGGAAGGCUGGUACAAGGAGGAGAACCAGAGCAUCUCCAGCGACCUGAGCACCAUCCGCCAGGAGCUGCAGCGCACGCAGGCCCAGCGCAAGAAGAGCCAGGAGGAGGCGCGACUCACCAUGCAGUCCGCCAACAUCCUCAAGCGCAAGUUCGGCCGGCUGGAGAAUCGCUACGAGGUCCUGGCCGAGCAGGUGGCGUCGGAGGUGCGCUGGGUGGAGGAGUUGGUCCAGUCCUUCACCGCGGAUAAGGAGCUGCUGGGCUGCGGCAGCUUGCCCUGAGGCUCUUCAGCUUCAUCCUGCUCAAGUCAUCGGCUCCACAGCUUUACUUGCGCUUCAAAGGCACCAGCCAGAGGAAAACUUCUGAACUCAUUCCAGUAUUUUUUUUAAAGCAUUCCUUUCUUUUACAUGUAUUUAUUAUCAGCCCUUUUAUGGUUUUAACUUGUCGGACCCCCCUCCAUAUCCCAGUCCUAUUUAUGGAUUUAAUUGUAGCAUAUUUUAAAAUGUAUUUUGACUGUAAAAAAAGAAGCAAUAAGCAUUGUUGAGACAGAAGCGGUGUAUGGACGGAGCUUAGCAGUGCCUGAAACAGACGCCACCUCAUUGCCUUCACCUGUCCUCCAGCCUGUCUUGACCCCUUUGCACAGUAGCCUUGGUAACCAAAUAGUGUGCAUGGAAACCUGCUAACACUUACUCUGCUUGGGUGUGGAGAGUCCGUGCGCACCCAGGACUGACAUUCCACCCCGGCAUCUGACAUGCAGGCAGCACAUUCCCCACAUUUCCAGCCUUGGAAAUGAGCUUGUAUGCACCUGGAGGACGAGAGCAGUGCUCCAAACGUAUAUUUUAAAGUAGUCAAGAGCUGUGUAAAUGAUCUGCUUGUUUUAAAUAAACAGAAGUA